AUGUCCAAGGAUGAGACUUCCAAAGAGCUUCAAAAGCUAAACAUUGGCCCUGCUCUCAGCUUGGGUGAAAGCAGCAAAGAAGUGUCAAAACUGAUUCGCAACCUGAAGCAGAAAGGUCCCGUGCACGCGGUGAUCUGUGAUAUGUCCCCUUUGCGCAUUCCGCGAGCUUGGGUGGUGGGUGGGAUGCUCAGUGCGGCCCGAGAAGAGAUGGGUCAGAACGACCCAGAACUGGCGGUUUGCGUUGGGAAGGAGCUGAAGAAGCUAAAUGUUCCUCUGAUUCAGGUGGAUGCUCACAAUGUUGUGCCAGUCUGGGAGGCCUCGGACAAGCAGGAGACCGGCGCGCGCACCCUGCGCCCAAAGAUCAAGAAAAUGCUGAAGGCAUCCAAAGGGAGCAGCGGUCAAAUCCAAAGGAUGCAGGUAAAAGGUCAGCCUAAGCUCAGUGGUAAGACUGCACCAUUUGGCUCCUUCGUUGGUGUCGACAUGCUGCUUCCCCCCAUCGGUGAGCGUGGCAAAGGGGACUCGCGCAGCCCAUCGAGGAGCCCCAGCCCGGGCCCUGAGCCGGCCGAGCGCUCCUCCUUCAAGGCAACGCAGCUGAAGAAGCAAAUCAAGGCCAAGUUCCAUGAACUGGAUGUGAACAAGGACGGCGCCUUGAGUUUGGAAGAGCUGACCACCUUCUUGUGUUGCCUUUCGUCGAAGCUGACGAAGGAUGACGUCUAUGAGAUUUUCAGGAGAAUGGAUCGCAAUCGAGACGAACUGGUGCAAUUUGAUGAGUUUGUGGACUUCAUCUUCACCUCGGACAUGGACAAGAACCCUCGGCUGCUGGCGGAUGUGGAGGCUGCAGCUCAGCGUCAGGAGGGACACGUCAUGGACCUGUUGGAGAAGAACUCCGGAAGUGCGCACAAGGAACGUGCCUUGGCCCAGAAAGCGGGUCGCGAGCGCCUGGGCCAGCUACAUGGGAGCUACAGCUUCAGUUGGCAGAUGGACGAAGAAAUGGAGUCGGUCUUGCUGGAACUCAGCAGCGAUGGGAGCUACAAAUGUCAGAUCGUCUCCCAACUGGGUGUGGGCAUGACAGACACUGAGACAUCCAAAGGAGCCUGGGAGGUAUCUGCAACCGAGCAUGAGCUCCUCCUGUACAAAGAGGGUUCCACGGGCACAGUACAGCGGCUGCGCUUGGACGACUUUGGGGACCUGGAUCUGGGGACUGAGGGAGCCUUGUCCAAGCAGCGUUGGCUGCUGCGUAGGGAUGGCUACCUGGACUGAGCCGAACUUCGGUGCUUCAAAGAUACAGAGAUCAUAGAGCGUCG